GUGAACAGUCAGAGUGGACAGAAAGCAGGUCUCUGUGUAUCACACGACUAUUUAUAGUGUGAACAAAUCCCAGAUAUGAGCGGAAUCCCCUGCUCCUCCACAGCCUGGAGAGAGGAACAGAAAAACAGACAGAGAAGGUGCUGAACAGAACCAGAACCAGACCUCAGAGAACAAGAAAAAGACAGAAACAGAAGAGUGAGAGAUUGACACUUGUGUGUCUGACACCAGGGAACAGCAGUUUACUUAGAACACCAGCAGCAGGAACGUGGACACAACUGCACACAAUGUCAAAACAGCCGUCGUCCAACGUCAAAGCCCUGCAGGCCAACCUUAAUAUCCCGAUGGGGGCUCUGCGUCCUGGAGCGGGACAUCCUGUGAAGAGGAGAGAAGAUACAGUAGAAACAGAGGAGGCGUCUCCAGUCACUCCAGAGGAGAAGAAGCCUCUGCCUGGAGCUGUGAAACUCCCUGGUCCCGCUGUCAACCUCUCUGAACUCCAGAACGUAAAGAGUGAACUCAGAUGGGUCACCAAAGACUAAACCGGCUCAGGUGACUCCAGCCCCAUUUUAUCCAAGGCAUUGCUUACAAUCUCCAUCCAAUCAGAUUCAUGUAUUCACCACAAACUCCUGGUCACAAUGGAAUCAAUGAGAAGCCUUAAUGAUGACACUUCCAACUGAUUGAGGAUGAGGAGAGGGGCGGAUUCUGUCAGAGCAAAGACUGAUGGGAAUUGAGCAAUUCAAAUCUCCGAACCAGAGUUUAGUGUGUCUAAAAUAGGUCAUCGUGUUUAAACUUUCUGUAUCUUGUUUUUGUGCUUUAAAAUGUACCGUGUGCUCAACUUUAAGGGAUGGUUCACCUUAAAAUGAUCACUUUAAAAUCUUUGUGAGUGAACUUUCCCUUCAAGUUAGAUUUUUAUAGAAGCUCUGUAUUCUGAUCCUAGCAUCAUAAAAAAGACUGCACAGGACUGAAGGCCAUAUCAAAAAAAUCCUCAAUUCCAGAUUGUGACUUCGAAACAAGAUCUCAAACAAAUAUGACAGCAUAAAAUCAAUUUAAUUCCAAUACAUUUAACAUCUAGAUUGAUUAAUAUGCAAAUGCUUGAGAUAAAUUUGAUUAAUUAGCUGGAAUGUCAUGCAUUUAAUUUGAUUAAUUUUCAUCCGCGCCCCAUGCUUCAGGCUUGUUUUUGCUCCCUACACAUCUUUUUUCUUUAUCUACGGCUUUGUUCUUGUGUGUUGCAGUACAUGAGUAGGCUGUUGCAUAAUAAAACAUGAUUUCACAUUCUCUCCAAGAGCAAAACCGUA